ACACGGAGAAGAAGAAUGGUGACGUCACGUGGGAGGGCCAGCCAGAGCUCGUGGUUCGUGGACGGUUCGCGGGAAAAGAAGUCCCAAAACAAAUCGGUUGCGAUGGACACGCGAGCAGCGUCACGUAGAGUCUAACCGGGAAAACGUUUACCGAUCCCCGUCAACGCAGGGUAUCACGGAUACUGACCCACGAGCCGUUCUGAGGCUACGAGAGCUAACCGGCUACUUUAGGUAGCUACGAGCAAACAACACACUGUCAGUCGGUUAGCUAAACAUUAGCCAAGCAUUAGCCAGCCGCCAGCGGACAGGCUAACGGUGAACACGGGGUGGCGAAGACUCGGUGAGCGGGUGGUAAAGACUCGGUGAACGGCUGGUGAAGACUGUGUGCGCGGGUGGCGAAGACUCGGUGAACGACUGGUGAAAUGGCAGAGAGGCCAGAAGAUCUGAACUUACCUAACGCGGUGAUCACCCGCAUCAUCAAGGAGGCGCUUCCAGAUGGAGUCAACGUGUCCAAAGAAGCCAGGAGAGCCAUUUCCCAAGCUGCCAGCGUGUUUGUGCUUUAUGCAACCUCCUGUGCGAAUAAUUUCGCGAUGAAGGCGAAGAGAAAAACUCUGAACGCGGGAGACGUCUUGGCAGCGAUGGAGGAAAUGGAGUUUGAGCGAUUCCUGGAGCCGCUCAGAGAAGCUUUGGAAGUGUACAAAAAGGGCCAGAAAGGAAAGAAGGAGGUGUCGGAGCAGAAGCGCAAAGACAAAGAGAAGAAGGUCGACUCUGAGAAUGACAAGAGCCGGGAGGAGGAAGAGGAGGAGGAGGAGGAGGAGCGAAUGGAGGAGGAGCCGGAGGCGGAGAACGAAGCAGCAGCAGCAGCAGCGGAGGAGGAGGAUGAGGAGGAGGACGAGGUGGAGAACUGAGGACGUUUUCACCUGUGACAACAAAAACGAUUUAUAUAACAAAAACAACGCACAUGUCCGUGUACGAUGAUGCGUUCAAGUGACGUCGCUACGAAUCGUUGCAUCAGGUUACGGCGAGGUGACAUGCGCCCUCCGCGGUCUUGUCUUCCAACAUAAAGCACAAUGGUGAUGUCGCCAUGUUUUUUUUGGUAAUUUUCAUUUUUUAUACACUUUGAUACAAAUGCUGUUCAAUUUCUAAUGUAACAGGAUUUCCUGAAAAUAAAUGACAUUUAAAUAACUCGCUAAAAUAUGAACAUAUGAUGGUUCAAAUAUGGAUGAGAUUUAAUUUAACCCAUUUCUUUCUUUCUCCCCCUUCAGCUGAGUAAGUAUAUGGUUAAUAGCAUUAUACAAAUUAAAAAUAUUGCUUCACCUUAGUAAACCCUUAACGACACAAAUGCAUAUAAUAGUGUAAUCAAUUAAGCAAACUACAAACCACACUUACUUUGAAAUCACUAUGUUUUUCCCACGUCAAGUUCUAUAAAAAAUAUCCACAGAUUAACUUAAAAACCCCGCGUGAACAUAGUUUUUUUUUUUGAUAAAGACUGUGCUGUUUCUCAUGUCUUUCCUUUUGUACAAUUGAUUGUGACAAAUGGCAGAUUUCAACGUUUUCAAUAAAACAGUUUGUAUGAAAUCAA